AUGCAGAUCGCGCUGCAGGCAUGUGGGCUUAUUGGAUGGUGGGUGUCUAGCAUAAGAAGGCCAGACUUUCCUCUACAGGAGAGAAGGGAUUUGAAGCAUCAAGUUACCACGAUGCUUCUAUACGGGUUGGGAAACCCAUUUUUAUUGCGCCACACGGACGGCCGUGUGGCGCAGUGGGUAGUUACCCUGCUUUCUGCAUCCACGGCCGUGGGUUCGAUUCCCACAACUGGAAAAUAUUUGUGUGAUGAAUAUGGGUUUUUUCCAGUGUCUGUGUGUAUUUAUACAUUAUAUAAGUAUUUAUAUGUAGUAUAUAAAUGUAUAUAUGAAUAUUAUAAUAUCAACUAUCUUAGUACCCAUAACACAAGCUGCUCUGUAUGCUUACUUUGGGGCUAUACCACAAUAAUUUUACACGUCCUCUCUAGAACGUUCUCACAUCGUUACUUAUCAUAUCCAGUUGUCACUCGAACUUCCCUAACAGCAAACCGCCACAUUGCCAUGCUGCGUUACCUUCUUUUGAUUUCAUUUCUUUGCAAAACUAACGAAGCCGACAUGACUACAGAAGAAGUCCAAUAUCUAAAUGAGCUCAACCUCGAAAAGUUGCUACGAUUAAAGAAUUCAUUAAAAGAUUUUUCCCCCGAAUAUAAUAACAUAACCAGCGCUCCAUUUCUGUCAAGCUUUGGAGCUCAAGCCAUGGCAAUCAAAGCAUCGAACGUCAAAAGAACGGAUUACGAAGACGCUUUAUUCAAGAAGAAUGGUUACGGGAAAAUAAGCAAUAUUUUCUCCAUGUCGGUGACAACGUUAGCGUUUCUGGCGUUUGGAGGUUAUCUUUUGUGUUUGAUAGUGCAAGCUGUUAAAUCGAAACAGAACACUGUCGUCACGACCCCAAGCCCUGCUUUCUUUGUUAACGCUGGCAUCAAGAGACCUCAAGCGACGUUCAGUUCGUACGGGCGACGGACACGGGAGAAGAGAGAACUGGAGGAGGUAGAUGUGGGUGUGCCCGCUGAGGAAUUGUUUUCCGUGUUAGUGCAACUUUGUGAAGGUUACGCGAAAUGGACUAAAAAGCGCGAUAUUUAA